CAAAGAUCUGCGGACAAUCGAGCAGGGAGUGGUCGGCAAAUAUGUGAAGAAAGACCCACCACCUGAAAUGCCAAUAGUUAUCAAUGUAUGGACGACAGAGCCGAACCGAAGGACGAGACGAAACAACCAUUCAACGAUGCCGAAUAUGUCCUGUGGUUAAGAAAUACAUAUAUAUGAAGACAUCUGAAGAUGUUGAUUUUUAUCGAUGCUUCUCUGGUAUCAUAGUCCAUUCCUCAACAACCUAGUAUGGUGCAGAAGUUUGGAAACACAAAAACCACAACCAGUGCUGUCGGUUUAGGUAGUCACGAAGGAAAAUAUACGCCGAACAGUUCCGUUCCAGACUUAGCUCAAAGAUUUGCUAGUCUUUCUGUUAACACUGGAAUAAAUGACAGCAUAUUUUCGAGAACCGCGACACCCAUGUAUCAUCCCGAAUUGUCGUCCGCAAUGUCCCACACUUAUAUCAAUCAAUAUGCUGGAUCUGAAUAUCAUUUGGACAGAGUUCAGACACCACAGAUGCCUUAUAUGCCUUUCGAGAUCGAUACUGGUUAUGAAGAAUACAAUCACUCCAUGUAUCAUCACAAUGCUGGUUACAGCAGGUGCCAUUCGGAGAGAUCGAGUUCUCGAAGCGAACAGCAGCAGGAAGAGUUGCCUUUACCACCUGGAUGGUCGGUUGAUUUCACGCUCCGUGGCCGGAAGUAUUACAUCGAUCACAAUACCAAAACUACGCAUUGGUCACAUCCGCUUGAAAAGGAAGGUUUACCCACAGGAUGGGAGAGAAUCGAGUCGCCUGAAUAUGGAGUUUAUUAUGUCAAUCACAUCACACGUCAAGCGCAAUACGAACAUCCGUGUUAUCCGCACGAAAUGCAAGCGGUGCGCGUUGUCUCACCACCGCGGCACACACACUUUCACUCUCACAGCGUCCUCGUGCCAGCUAAUCCCUAUCUAAACGAGGAGAUACCGCAUUGGUUGUACGUGUACAGUAGAGCUUCGAUAGCCCUGGAUCGUAAGCUACGCUGGGAGUUGUUUCGUUUACCUGAGCUGGACUGCUUCAACGCCAUGCUCACUAGACUGUACAAGCAGGAACUGGAGGAGGUUGUGAUGCGUUAUGAAGAAUACAGAUCAGCAUUAUUAUGUGAAAUGGAACAGAGACUGAAAGAAUUGAAUCCAGAAUCGGGUAGCAGUAAUGCUGGUGCUAUUGCCUUACGAAGAUCUCUUCCUUGAGAGAAAACUAUCAAUUAAGAUAUAUUGUAUAUCAUAGUUUUUCUUUCGACUGAUGAAAAGGUUCCUUGAAAGGUUCCUUUAGGAUAAGUGAUUAAUUGAAUGUGUUACACUUGAUACAUGUGUAGAUAUUGUAAAACAAUGAAGUUUAUCUCUUUUGAUAAUAUUUUUAUUAUACGAGUUUUAAGAAAUAAUUAUUAAGUGUUACCUCUAA